CUUGUAUUGAUAUCCUUAGGACAAUGGGAAAAGUACGUGUUCGUGCUAAUAAUGCAGUCUCUCAAGCAGAGGCUAGAAAUACGGUUUUUAAAUUUAAUAAAGAUUUUGGCCAGCACAUCUUAAAGAAUCCUCUUGUCGCACAAGGCAUUGUUGACAAGGCUGACUUGAAGCAAUCAGAUACAGUUCUUGAAGUUGGUCCCGGUACUGGUAACUUGACAGUGCGAAUGCUCGAAAAGGCAAAAAAAGUCAUCGCUGUGGAAAUGGACCCUCGUAUGGCAGCGGAGUUGACGAAACGUGUCCAAGGAACUCCUUAUGAGAAGAAGUUACAAGUGAUUAUAGGCGAUGUGGUUAAAACUGAUCUUCCCUAUUUCGAUGUUUGUGUCUCUAACACUCCAUACCAGAUUUCUUCGCCUCUGGUUUUCAAACUGCUACAGCAGAAACCAGCUCCCCGAUCUAGUAUUCUAAUGUUUCAGCGUGAGUUCGCCAUGCGCUUGGUUGCUCGGCCUGGGGAUGGUCUAUACUGUCGUUUGUCUGCGAACGUUCAAAUGUGGGCUCAUGUAAAACACAUUAUGAAGGUUGGUAAAAACAAUUUCCGACCUCCUCCUCUCGUAGAGUCUAGUGUCGUUCGUAUUGAACCGAAGAACCCACCUCCUCCAAUCUCGUUCGAGGAAUGGGACGGUCUUUUGCGAAUCAUCUUUUUAAGAAAAAACAAAACUAUAGGUGCCUGUUUCAAAUCAGGGUCCGUAUUAGAGUUGAUGGAGAGGAAUUAUAGGACUUGGUGCUCUCAGAACGAACGAAUGAUUGAAGAUAACUUUGAUAUCAAAGCUCUUAUUGACCAAGUCCUUGCAAGCAUUAAUCUUCAGGAUGCUCGUGGAUCAAAGUGUGGUGAAACCGAGUUUUUGGCCCUAUUGCAUGGUUUUCAUCAAGUUGGCAUUCAUUUUGCAUAAACCAUGGGAGUCGUCUUCUAUUUAUAUUAUUUUUUGGGGGUAACUGAGGAUAUUGGUAAUUUGGUCGGAAGGUUACUAAAAAAGUUUUCAUAGUUUUGUCUAAUCGUUUGCUGUCUAGUAAAUAAUCUGUUGUGCAGUUUUGGAAAACGUCUUCGUUUGGAUCAUCGUUGCUUCAUUUACCCAGUACUUAUAAAUCUCUCAUGAUUAUCUUUUUGUAAGUUACUUGCAUUAGCCCAGUUCAUUUGAUGAAAUUGUUUUUGGCAUGUACUUCUUUCUUCAUAUCACCAACCUCC